UGAAUGGAAUUGGUGGCCCCAUUCCGCAACCCUGGUUGGCGUGUUGCGUGGUACAGUUCUGUCUCAAGGGUGCGUAGCUCGUACAAUGUUGUUCUCCCACAGAUGUGCGCGUUCCCCCUGCAGCUGGCAACUUCAAUGGCGCCGAUCUCUCUUUUUGUGUUCCAGCUCAGCCAGGCCUCAUUGCGAUGGCGAACGGGAUGUUCGGGUGCCAGCACUGCACCUACGCUUCCAAGUGGCGGUAUGCCGUGCGUAGACACGCUCAAAUGCACGGCCCAGGAGGUCCAUACAGUUGCACGCUUUGCCCGGGCACCUUUCUCAAGGAGCAUCAACUCAACAGGCACAUGAACAUGCACUUGUACGAGGAGCACAGACAACGUCAUGUCCAACAUGAUACGUCUGCUAGCACGGCCUCGCAAGAAUGACAAGUUCUGUACUGUUCAUCAUAAUGCGCAGACUGACCAAUGUGGAAUCUCCCAUGCACGUGUGUAGCUGCGUGGCAACAUAGAGUCACGAAUUGUCGUCGUCGUGAAGUGUCGUAGAAUGCGCCUUGAAAUGUUGAGCGCUCGUUGUGCUAAUCACGCCGUUCGAGAUCAUCCCAGAAGAUUCGAGUGCAGAUUCUGCCCGUACGUCUCGAACUGGAAGGAUGUCCUGACGAGACACGAACGAAUCCACACGGGCGAGAGGCCCUAUGAGUGUCACGUCUGCAACUACAAGUUCUCCCUGCGGCACCACCUCAUGAGGCACUUCCGUUGCCACACGGGCGAGAAGCCGCACCGCUGCACGGCGUGCUCCAAGUGCUUUUCGCAGAAAGAGACGUUGACGAGACACUUGAUUCAACCGGGACCCAUUCUGACCACCAACUGGAUGUACAAAUGUCCCCUCUGCCCGUACGUAUCAAGAUGGCGCCACGCCGUACUGAGGCACUCGCGGACGCACUGCCCUGAUGGACCCUACAGGUGCAGCAUCUGUCCCAGCACGUUCGUCAAGGAAUCUCAACUCAACAGGCACAUGCGUUUCCAUAGUUACGCAGCACAGGAUUGACCAAGUGACCAAAGUAUGGAUGUGGGGUAGUCGUGGG